AUGGGCUCCCUACUAGACAAUCCGGACACUCUCGAGCAGUCACACCGCAAUUUCCUUCACGUAGUGAAUGACACACGCGACUGGCUGAACACGCCUCCAGAGGCGCACCCAUCCUAUUCACAACAAGAACAAUCAGUGGUAGAGCUCUGGAGACUCCAGGUUGGCGAUCAUGUCAAUGCCCGCAUAGCCGCAUAUCGUUGUCGCGAAAAACACACGGUGCAGACUGCGGACAAGCGGCGCCCCCAUCACCGCUCUGAACACAAAGUAUUUCAAAUUCCUGAGCUGCUUGAUCUAAUCCUCCACUUUGCCGGGCCCGAAGCCCAGGUCCGCUCGUUGGUCGUCUCGACAGCAUGGCUGGCUUCUGCGCUCUCUGUCAUAGGCAGCCGUAAUAACAACGAUGCGUUGCCUUUUCUAUCAAGCUGUGUACCCAUACAAUAUGGGCAGAGCAUCGAAGACGACAUCUUGGCGCCCGUAAGGCCCAGUGCUGAGCAGAUUGAGCAAUUCAACUUGCAUGUUGCAAGCACGCUCGAUAAGCAGAAAUGGAAGCAGUUCAAAUGGAUCUACUUUCCAGCUCGCUUCACCCAGCUGCGCGACCUUCCAGAGACAUCCGUCCAUUCUCUCUUCGACUUGAAUCGCCGUCAAGCCAACGAUAACUUCCAUUACCCACCCCAACUAGAGCCUCCCUACUGGUUAGAUCUCAGUCAGCUCGAAAUAAAUCCUUACCUCUGCUUGCUGUUUUCGGAAGAAGAUCGCAUCUUGCAGCGCCUAGGUCGCUGGGAGAUCAGCAUACGCACCUCUCCCACGCUUGACACCCUCUUGCUCAACUCUUCGGUCUCAACAAAGCUCUUCAUAAAGGCUAUAUCAUCUAUGCAGGUCACACACCCACCAUGCCGGAGUCUGGGGAUAUAUCAGUAUAGCACAGAUGAAUUGACAGAAUGGGGAUUAUAUGCGCCAUGGGGAACCCAUGCGCUAUGGACAACCCAUGCGCUCAUGAGGAGAAUUCGACGGGAUGAUGGAAUCCGCGUCGCUGACCUCCUGGACGCAUUACACAGCCUCGCACCCGAAAUGCUGUCUACAUGGGCCCAGAAGGCAGAGCAACUUCGCAAUAACAUCAAGAGCGCGCACUGGAUAGAUGACCAUUGGAAGAUACCUGGAACGCCGAGAUUUCACAUUCACCUAGAACACUCAGAUAUGCCCGACGAGCCUUCACCAACAAUGCCGAGGGAUAUGGAGACAGAUACGGAGACAGAUACGGAGACAGAUACGGAGACAGAUAUGGAGACAGAUAUGGAGACAGAUAUGGAGACAGAGAUGGAAGACGUCCUGGGCCAUGCAGCCCACAUCACUCGGCCAGCUUACAUCGCUGCAAUACCAUUUAGGGGGUCAAGAGAGAGGGAAUGGAUUCCAGAGAAGCUGAUUGAGCCCAUGAAGAGCGAGACGGAACGGUGGCCGAUUAAUUGGGACACCUAG